AUGAUCGCCGAACCUGGAACAUGCGAAGAAAGAUGCAGUCAUUUUGAUGGUACCAACGUCUUUGUGAAUUUGUUACCGAAUUCCAUGAACAAUCUUAUAGUCGUCGUCGAUAGGCCUAUAUAUAAUUCUGACCUUUAUUUGCCCAAAAUCAAUAUCUUUGUGAACGGAUCAUCGGAUCAACCAACAAAAAUAUCGGAUUGCGUAGAUGUAAAAGAACUUGAAAAAAUAAUUAAUGCUACUUUGCCCCAAGAAUGCUUGCCAAAAACUACAUUCGAAUCUGCACAAGGAGAAACAAACGUAUGCGGAAGUACCACUACUGAGCAAGCUCCAGAGAUAACAUUUACAGAACCUGGAGGUACAACUAUGCAAAUUGAAACUAGUUUCAAACCAGAGAUAACAAAUGCUACUGAAGUUACAUAUUUACCAUUGAUAGAAACUAGCACAAAACAGAUUGAAACCGGUUCCCCAACAAGUUAUACUGAAGCUUCUGAGACUCCAGUAGCAGAAACCACCACAGAGCUCAUAGAAACUGGAGGUACCACUGAGCAAACUAAAACUAGUUUCGAACCAGAAACAACAAAUGCUACUGAAGUUCCAGAGAAACCAUUGCUAGAAACUAGUACAAAACAGAUUGAAACCGGUUCAACGUCGAAAACAACAAGUUAUACUGAAGCUCCUGAGACUCCAGAAGCAGAAACCACCACAGAGCUCAUAGAAACUGGACGUACCACUGAGCAAACUAAAACUAGUUUCGAACCAGAAACAUCAAAUGCUACUGAAGUUACAUAUUUACCAUUGAUAGAAACUAGCACAAAACAGAUUGAAACCGGUUCCCCAACAAAUUAUACUGAAGCUCCUGAGACUCCAGUAGCAGAAACCACCACAGAGCUCAUAGAAACUGGACGUACCACUGAGCAAACUAAAACUAGUUUCGAACCAGAAACAACAAAUGCUACUGAAGUGACAGAGAAACCAUUGCUAGAAACUAGUACAAAACAGAUUGAAACCGGUUCAACGUCGAGAACAACAAGAUAUACUGAAGCUUCUGAGACUCCAGUAGCAGAAACCACCACAGAGCUCAUAGAAACUGGACGUACCACUGAGCAAACUAAAACUAGUUUCGAACCAGAAACAACAAAUGCUACUGAAGUGCCAGAGAAACCAUUGCUAGAAACUAGUACAAAACAGAUUGAAACCGGUUCAACGUCGAAAACAACAAGUUAUACUGAAGCUCCUGAGACUCCAGUAGCAGAAACCACCACAGAGCUCAUAGAAACUGGACGUACCACUGAGCAAACUAAAACUAGUUUCGAACCAGAAACAACAAAUGCUACUGAAGUGCCAGAGAAACCAUUGCUAGAAACUAGUACAAAACAGAUUGAAACCGGUUCAACGUCGAAAACAACAAGUUAUACUGAAGCUCCUGAGACUCCAGUAGCAGAAACCACCACAGAGCUCAUAGAAACUGGAGGUACCACUGAGCAAACUAAAACUAGUUUCGAACCAGAAACAUCAAAUGCUACUGAAGUUACAUAUUUACCAUUGAUAGAAACUAGCACAAAACAGAUUGAAACCGGUUCCCCAACAAAUUAUACUGAAGCUCCUGAGACUCCAGUAGCAGAAACCACCACAGAGCUCAUAGAAACUGGACGUACCACUGAGCAAACUAAAACUAGUUUCGAACCAGAAACAACAAAUGCUACUGAAGUGACAGAGAAACCAUUGCUAGAAACUAGUACAAAACAGAUUGAAACCGGUUCAACGUCGAGAACAACAAGAUAUACUGAAGCUUCUGAGACUCCAGUAGCAGAAACCACCACAGAACAGAUCGGAACUAUUUCAACUCACAGAACAACAGAUUUGGGUAGAAUUUCUGAGUCUCCAGCUUCAGAAGGUACUACGGAGCAAAUCGGAACCGUUUCCACUCCCAAAACAACAGAAUUUACUGUAGCUUCCAAAACUCCAUUAUCAGAAACCACCACGGUGCAGACCGAAACCAGUUCUAUGUAUAAAACAACAGAAUAUAAUGGAACAGCAGAGCCUUCAAUGUCAGAAACCACCAAGGAACUGACUGAAAUUAGUUCCACGUACAGAACACCGGAUUCUAUAACCGAAACAACGAAAUACUCCGGAAUAGAAACAAGCUUGCCAGACGUAACCUCCACAACAUUCUUCCCUCCUACUUCCCCUGUAAUAAAUGAAACUGUAACUAGUUCGGUAGAAAUCUCUACCGAAGCUGUUACUGGUCAAGGGGCCAAAAUAUCUGCUUUAAUUGUUAAAUGCGUUACUAUAGAAGUAGAAGCAGUUUUGAAAAGUUUAAAGAUUGUCAGAGAGGAUCAGACAAUCGGUAAUAUAUCAUUAGAGGAAUGCGUGAAAAAUGGAGAAAAUGGUACUGUUAUCAUACCACUGCCUAUGAGACACGGUACAACAUCUCCAGUAUGUUCUCAAGAAUGCUAUGCUGAUGAAAAUAAUAACUUAUUCCUUAACUUCUUGCCCAAUACUAUGAAUACUGUUGUAGUAGUCAUCAAGAAAUCCAAAAAUUUCAAGAAACACUUCUACCGAAAAAUGGAUGAUAGCAUUAACAUCAUUCCAUUUAGCCCUCUUCUAACUACAGUUUGUAACGUUGAAGAUAUGAUUGCAACACCAGAAGAAUGUUCAUUUGCUUCUAAGCCUACAAAAGCUACUGAAUGUUUCAACGAAACUUCAACCGAGAAAACAGAAAAAACAACUCCAUUCUCUACAACUAGUUACUCUACGGAAUCUACCGAGCCAAUUCCAACAAAAGAACAUACUCCAUAUACUACAACAGGUCCAAUAGAAAACAUUGCAAGUUCAAUAUCCCCACAUUUUGAAACUACACCUAGUAUAAUAUCAACAAUAUAUACAAAAUAUAAUGAAACAACAAUGUCUCAAAUAUCAGAAGGAAUCAAAGUACAAAUUGAAACCGUUUCUACAACCAAAAUACCUAUGUACCCUGGAAGUUCUGGAAUUCCAAUAUGGGAUACCACCACGGAUCAAGAUACCAUUGCUAGAAACUAUCACAACACAAAAUGA